GGACUCAUUUCCAUUCCGACAUCACUCUCUGUGGCACAGACAGCUUGGUCGACUGACGAGAUGAGAUACAGACAGCUGCACGGACAACACAAUCGGUGAAAUUAUCUUCUAUACACGACUGUUGAAUAUGUCGAGGAUGUAAAGUUAAUGGAGCCAGUUUCAUCAAUGGAUAUAUCUCCGGAGGUUUCGCGAAAUCAGUGCCGAGAUUGCUUUUGCAAAGGAAAUACGCCUUCCGAGCAGGAGAACAACCAAUCAGCCGUGGCGAACCAAAGAUAAACAAGCCUUAUGAUAAUACAAAACUCUCAGGUUUAUCCAGGCUGUGUGCAGCCCUAGAGAACUAUCAUGCUGGCCUGUAUCCAGAGACGGCAGAAUCACUCGUCGCAGCGUCUGGCCUGCACACCCAAAAGCCUUGAUGUUCCUCCACCGCCAUUACUGCUGUCAGUACCAGCACUGCAGCCUUACAACCACAAAGGCGAGCCAGCCUCCAUGAUUUCUCGGUACCCAUCUCCUGCGGAGUUGGAUGCUUUUGCCCAGAGGACCGCCAACAGUCCACUGUCCAUCAAAAUCUUUCCGUCUGACAUCCGGGUGCCACAACAUAAACAGCUUAACAAAACAGUCAACGGGUUAGACACCACAGGCCCACACUAUAGCUCCUAUUCACACCCGUACUCUGGAGGCUAUCAGGGUUUGUUGGGCAUCAUCAAAGCCUCUGUGGUAGUCAAAGGUGUGGUGAAAAACUCUGAGGGCAGGAGGACUAAACUUGCAAACACCCAGACUUCUGUGGCACCGUAUAAUAAUCCUCUGAAUAACGGCUACACAGUCAGACACGGGCAUAAGGCCUAUCAUAUAAGCUCAUGUAAGCCCCAUGAUGUUCCUAUUGAGACACUUUGUUCUAGCGCAGGGAUGGCCUCCGGAGAUCAGAGCCUGGCCCCCCAGUCUGAGCUGGCAGAGGUUCAAAGCCUGAUGAGGCAGAUGAGCAGAGUUCCCCACAGCCAGGCCCUGCAGCUGGGGGGAGAGGCUCGAGCCAGCCCCUCUCUGCAGGCUGUGGCUGCAGUGGCACAUUCAGACACAGACUUUGUCCUAGGAGUGCAGCCCCAAAGCAAUCUUGCAUUUACAGGGGCAGUGCUACCUACACAGAGUGCAGACAUAGCCAAAGCAGGGUACUUAGAGAAAGGAGACUACACAAUGUGGCAGCAUAAACAUCAAAUCCAACAGCAGGCCUAUCAACAGGGAGCAGUGAGGAUGUACAGCAUGAGUAACAGUGCUCAGAGGCACAGAGCCGCAGAGGCUAGGCUUGGCCAGUCUCCUGAAACCUGCCUCCCUUUGCCAUGCUCCUCGCAGCUGUCUUAUAGGCCGCAUCCUGCCAGCAUGGGCGCUGGACAGGAGCGAGUCAGCAGCUCCUCUCUGAACUGUGCCGCCAUGCAGGGGGAGUUUUCUGUCGGACAGUACUUUGCUCCUCUCUGGGACAGUGUCAUGGCCACCCCUGAUAGUGACUGUUAUACUUCUCAGGUGCUGGCAACGGGUACAUGUGCAGCCAGGCCUAGAGACCUGGGGCUGUCCCAUCCCCAUCUCCAACCAAACUGCCAUCAACACCACCACCCACAGAGACACCAACCACACCUCCACCCUCAUCUUUUUCCUCAUACCCAGGCUUACAGCACAGACCAAAACCUCUGUUGUGGGCUGCCUAGUUCUAGCCUGUGCCACGCUGCAGUACUUAGCAGCAGCCUGCAGUCUCUGGAGUGCCUCAUCAGUGAGAUCCAGCCUCCCUGCAUCAAAGAGCGCAUGCUGGGCCGUGGGUACGAAGCCAUGGGGAUGCCUCAGCUACUGGAGCACCACCAGCAAACCCACAUCCAGCUCCCCGUCUACAGAUGAGAUAUGGUGUGCUGCCACACAACGCAACGCAGAAGUGACAAACCUUUUAUAGACAAUGGUGUGUGAGCUUAUACACCUAUGAGAUUGAGACAUGCCUUUUUAGUUUGUGCAUGUACUGUAUUUGUAGAAGGCUUUGUGUUAUGAGCCUGAAAAGGUAAACGAUAAUCAUGAUUUAAGAUACAGGUUUAGCUUAUGGAUUUAAUGUUUUAUUUUUAUAUCUUAAAUGGCCAUCAAAUAUGCCUGCUGUUCCUCAUUUAACCCUGAUGUUCAGCACCUAAUCAGAAUUUUCCAUGAUCUGUAUAUUUUGCAGGUAAUUUCCCCGUAGGCCUUUACAAAAAUGCAAACGUGGUGAACUGAAAUAAUCAUUGGUACCCUUCUGAAAACAUUUACUUGAAUCUAGGAAGGGUCGCUGGUAACCGCUUUUGUGAAUAUAUUGUAUAUUUUUACAUAAAAUGGCUUCUUAUUUGAACAUUCCUUAACUAUUUACUGAACUUUUGGUUGUCUGUGGCUUUUUUGUGCACGUAUGCAGUGCCCCAUCUUCUGCAAUAUGAUGCAAAUUUCCUGGCCGCUGUAUGGGGGAACAUUUUGAUCAUUUGUAUAGAAAUGUGAAUAUGUGUUCUUGUUAUGGAGCCACAGACAAAGUUAUGUAAUUUAACAUCUUAAUUGAUUUAAUGUAGUCAUGCUCAGCACAAAGUAUUUGGACUGUUGCAUAUCCAAAUCAAUACUGUGGCAAUUCAGGCCAAGCUAGAUGUGCCCUUUUGUUGUAUUUCUUUUUUAUUUGAAGUGGUUGUUCAUUUUUCUUGAAUGAACUAAUCUCUGGAAGGUUGUGACUCUGUUGCACAACACCUGGGUAUAUACUGUAUGAGUGCCAUGUUGGAGAGCAGGUCACCUGAAUCCUUUACACUAUCUUCUUUGUAGGGCUAUAUAAUCUCUGAUGGUGUGAUAUGUAUGACUGAGUAGCUCUUUGUGUGUCUGCACUGGUUCUAUAAUACUAUUUAUUUCUGUCAGCCUGUUGAGUUAUAUGGCAAACUGUCUAUAAUUAUAAAGUGCAAUUAUUAUAUAUAAACAUGCGAGCGCUCUCCAUGAAGGAUGUUGUUGAAAUAACUACA